GGGCGAGAGAGCUUGAAACCUCAGCUACGCUCGUUCAUCGCGAUUGGCCGGCCUACCCGUUGGCCAGGCCUCCGAGGGCACACUCUUACACACAUGCGCGCGGUCACUACUGCGAGGCGGCUCGUGGCGUGGCGCUCGUCGCUUGGCGUCGCCUCCUCCGUGCGAGCUGCAGGAUCGGGCGCCCUGCUGGGGCCGAUGGGCAGCGAGGCAGCUAGGCCCAUCCCCACCCCGCUGGCCGACGGAGAUGCUGACGACUCCACCUUCGGAGUGCCCGCCCAACACGGGCUCGGCUCGCCGCGUGGCCUCGCGCUCAUGACCAUCGCGGCGGCCGGCCAGCCCGGCGGUCCAUCCGCGCAGCUGCUCGCCGCCUGUGGCUCUGCGGCCGCGCCCGCGCUCGCGCAGGAGUUGUCGGCGCGCGCUUCACGCGAGAGCGCGCCGCUGCCCGAGGAGAGCCUCGGCCAGCUCGUUCUCGCGUGCGAGCCGGGCGGCGCAGCGGUGGUGUGCCGCGCCUUUCGUGCGUCGGAGCGGCUCGGGCUCACGCCGGGCGGGCGGGCGCACUCGAGCACGCUGCUCCGCGUACUCCGCCUGCUCGGUCGCCUCGGCGCGGCGCGGAUGGCGGCGGAGCUCUACGUCGAGUGCGUGCUGCGGGCGGACCAAGCGUCGCGCGGCUGCCGCAGGACGCAGGCGAAGCUCCUCACCGCGCUGUGCCUCGGAGGCGUGCAGGCGGGCGAGGGGGGCGCGGCGAGCGCUGUGGCUGCGGCGGCGGCCGAGGCGGUGCAGGGCGGAGGAGGCGGCGCCGCGCUGCGCCUCGACCCACUCGCCCUGGGCGCCGUCCUCAACGUCGCCAGCCGUGCCGCCGACGCAGACGGCGCCGCGGCGGCGCUCGAGGCGCACGCCUUCGGGGCCCGCCUCCCUCCUCCCGCCUCCCGCCUCCCGCCUCCCGCCUCCCGCCUCGCUGCCGGCGACGGUCCUCCGUCUGUCCGCAGGCCGACAGAGCUGUGGCGCAAGCUGAGCGAGAGCCAGCGGCAGCGCGCAGUGACCGACUGCCUCCGGCUCGUCGAGCUCAACGCGCUGCUGGACACGUGCGCCGCGGCGAGGCGGGCGCCCGACGCGCUUCGGCUGCUGCGUCACUCGGCGGAGCGCGGGUUCGCCGCCGACAUCAUCAGCAUCACGACCAUGCUGAUGGCGUGCGCGCGCGACUACAGCGACUGGGACGUGCUCGUCGAGGCGCUCGUCCUCUGCACCGAGCUGGUGGCGUCGCGAGGGAUCGGGCCGGCGGACGCAAAGGCGCGCCGCGCGCUUCUCUGGGUGCACGAGACGCGGCUCUGCGGCCGGCGCCACCCCGGCUCGAGAGAGGAGGAGGCGAGCGGGCUGCGGGCGCGGCGCGACGGCGGCAUCGCGGGGAGCGAGCGGGCGUACGGCGCGUGGUCCGCCCUCGCGGUCGCGCUGCACGUCGACCCGGCGAUGCUUGCGGCUGAGUCGCUCUCGGGGGGCAGUACUUCUGUGUAAAGCCGUAGGGCAGUGAGAGUCUUAGUUAUCUGCUCUUUUUGUAUUUUAUAUCAC